AUGUCGAAAAUGUGGAAAAAAUUCAUAAUUAUUCUGAUGGUCUGCACACUCGAUAGCUAUUCGAUGCCCGUGGAGCUACCGAGGCAGUUGGUGGCGGCAAAGAGCGGCGUUGGCCAUGCGCUUUACAGCAUCGAGGGCAUAGUCCUGCCGCCCGAUCCGACACUGCGGCUCACUGAACGUUGGCCGGCCGAUAUAAGUCUCUCGAUCAACGGCGGCGAGUAUCUGGGCUUCGUGCAGGCCGAUGGCAAUUUCGUGAUUAGCGGCGUGCCCUCUGGCAGUUACGUGCUUCACGCAGAUCACGCGGAUAUAUUCUUUCAGCCGAUUCGCGUGGACAUUACCCAAACCGGGAAGCUGCGGGCACGCAAGCUGUGCUAUCUGAGGCCGUCACAGGUCUUGAAGCUGCCCUAUCCGGUGAUGCUGAAGCCGGGCAUGCGACGCAGAUACUUCCGUAGCCGGGAGCAGUGGAAUAUCAUGGAUUACAUGCUGAAUCCAAUGGUGCUGCUGAUGGUGGUGCCGCUGCUCUUGAUGCUGUUGCUGCCGCGACUCAUCAACGAUCCGGAGACUAAGCGUGAGAUCGAGAACAUUCAAUUCCCCAAAAUACACACAGGUGUGCCGGAUCUCAGUGAUGUGCUCACCUCGCUUCUAACCGGCAAACAUCCCUUGGAGAAGCAGAAGAAAGCGAUCGCAGGCGCCUCGAGCAGAAGGCGCAACUAG